AUGUUUCAGGCUGCUUCUCGCCUGGCAGAUCAGCAUGUUCUGGCCCUCACCGCUGCCACGAAUGAGUUCGGCCAGCCCCAAAGGCUUGGGCGCAUUGCACGGCAUGUGCGCGAGAGGCGCCAGCCCAGUCCACGGCCCAGGGCGCAAUGGAGCACCCAAGGUGAUGGCCACACUGACCCCCCACUCAUCACAAUCCGCGCCAAGAAGGCUGCAUCGGCAUCCGAAGUCUUGAAGGUGAUGUGGGCAGAGCAUGACAAUCCAGACUUAAACCUGAUUUCGGUGUCUCAGCAUGGAAACGGCUGA